AUGCAUCAGAUACGACUGAGUGGUACCACUGCUCCCAAGACUACUGCGGAAAUGCAGUUGGAAAUCCGAGGGAAGAAGGGAAUUGCUGUACAGGUAGUGGCUAUCAAAACAGUGGAACCUGCGAAGCGACCAAGCAGCACCACAUCUAAGACAAGGGCUCUAACGUCGCUACCUCGAAAGGACCAAUGGUAUCAAGGUAAUGCCUAG